CUGAAGAGAGGCUGACUCUGUGCUGACACAGAUUCAGGACCGUUCACAGCCUGUCACAUCCUGAGAGUACUCUGUCUCUCUGCCUCUCCGUCUGUCACACACACUCAGGCACUUCCUCCUGCCCCCAUGGCUGAGUUUGUGCGAGUUCGCAAGAAACACCUACAGGCUCCAAUCAAGAGGUUACGCAUCAUGAUGAAACAGCUGGACAAGAAAGAGGUGGACUUCGAAGACAUAAAGAAGAAUCUGGAAUACACGGCUUCUCUGCUAGAGGCAGUUUACAUUGACGAGAACAGGCAGAUCCUGGAUAUCGAAGAUGACUUGCAGCAGCUCAGAGCGGACACAGUCCACUCGGAGGUUCGCGACUGGCUGUCCUCCACCUUCACCCACAAGGCCCUUUCCCCUGGCAAGCGGUCCGACGAGAAGCGCACAUUCCGCAGCAUUGUUCAUGUUGUGCAGGCUGGCAUCUUCGUGGAGAGAAUGUUUAAGAAAGCCUACUCUGCUGCCAUUCCCAACCAGUCGUCUGCAGUGCUUCACUGCCUGAGGAACGUAGACCGGUGGAACUUCGACAUGUUUGCACUGAACUCGGCCAGCAGGGAGCGCUCUCUGAGGACCGUGGUCAUCGAGCUCCUCACCCGAUACGAGCUCAACAGCCACUUCAAGAUUCCAAUCGCGUUCCUGAUCUCCUUCCUCGAUGAUCUGGAGAGCGGAUACAACAAGCACCGGAACCCAUAUCACAGCCAGGUCCACGCGGCCGACAUCACUCAGACUGUCCACUGCCUUCUGCUGCGCACAGGCUUAGUGAACUGGCUGAGCGAGCUGGAGAUCCUUGCAGCGCUCUUUGCAGCUGCGAUCCACGACUUUGAGCACACUGGCACCACCAACCCCUUCCACGUGCAGACCAGGUCCGAUUAUGCGAUGAUCUAUAACGACCGCUCUGUCCUGGAAAGUCACCAUGUGAGCGCAGCGUUUCGGCUCAUGCAGGACGAUGAGAGGAACAUCUUCAUCAACCUCUCCCGGGAGGAAUGGAGGGAGCUGCGUAGUCUCGUCAUCGAGAUGGUUCUGGCAACGGACAUGUCGACCCACCUCAUGCAGGUCAAGUCCAUGAAGACCUGUCUGCAGCAGCUGGACAGGAUUGACAAACCCAAAGCUCUGUCCUUGCUGCUGCACACUGCAGAUAUCAGCCACCCCACCAAGCCCUGGGCUCUACACACUCGCUGGACCAAGGCCCUGAUGGAGGAGUUCUUCAGGCAGGGAGACAAGGAGGCAGAACUGGGGCUCCCUUUCUCCCCUCUCUGUGACCGCAAGACCACGUUGGUAGCCCAGUCCCAGAUAGGGUUCAUUGAUUUCAUCGUGGAGCCCACCUUCUCUCUGCUGACGGACAUGGCUGAGAAGAUCGUGAUCCCGCUGGUUCAGGAAAACCCAUCACCGCCUGACUCCUGCAAAAGGCUCAGCUUCUUGUGGAGAGAGAGUUCUCGGGGUCUGGAGUGGAAUCAAGCCCACAUCACAGCCGAGCUGCGCAAUUUCCGCUCCACCUGGACCCGGUACACGCAGCAGAACAAACUGAAGUGGAAGGAGCGCGCUGCCAACAAAUCUGCAGACCAGAGCUCCAUCGAGGAGCUGUCUUUGGGUGAAGAGGAAUACUCAGAGGAGGAUGCAGUGCAGCUCUGUCACAAGGACUAGUGUCCUGGUCCGGGCAGCCCGGUGCCUGGUGUGGGUGUCAUGGCAAAUUCUGCCACCCUGCCCACAGGCGCCAAUCUCUACUGUAAGGUGGUGGGGACAAAACAUGUGGCAAUAUAGGACAAAUUCUUAAAAACACAGAUGGCGAGUAUUGAAACGGCGAUAGCGAUAUGAAAUGUUUUCAAUGUGUAUUUUAACUAUAAACUAUUCUGCUUCAGAAACGCUAUGUUUAAUCGCAUUGUUACUUGACAAAUCAUGGUAAUUAUUUAGAAAGGAGUAAGGU